CCCGAAGAAUCUGGAUUCGUUUGGAACCCGCGAAGCACCUUUAUAAGCCCUCCAUUUCAAUCUCCUCCUCCUCCCUCCGUCGCUCUCAGCCGAAAAAUCCAACAAAUCUUGAAGCUCACAGCCGAAAAAUCUUUGUAAAAUUUCGGAUUCCGACAUGGAGAACCGGUUUACAGUUUGGAUCUUUGUGUCAUUGCUGCUCUUCUUCCUCUUAACCAUGGAAGCGAAAACGGUAGACCCUUACAAGGUACUUGGAGUGGAGCGGAAUGCAGGUCAGCGUGAAAUUCAGAAAGCGUUCCACAAGCUUUCUCUUCAAUAUCACCCAGACAAGAAUAAAAGCAAGGGAGCUCAAGCAAAGUUUGCUGAGAUAAACAACGCGUAUGAAAUUUUAUCUGAUGAAGAGAAAAGGAAAAAUUAUGAUACCUAUGGAGAUGAGAAGGGAAAUCCUGGAUUUGGAGGUGGUUCUCCUGGAGAUCAUGGUGGAUAUACCUACUUUACAAAUGGUGGACCAGGACAGAACCACUUUACCUACGGACCUGGUGACUGGCAGAGCAUGGGUGGGCAGGGAGGUUCCAAGUCAUUCUCCUUUUCCUUCGGAGGUCCCAGUGGUCCAAGUUCAUUUGGUUUUGGCAUGGAAGACAUCUUUUCAAACUUUUUUGGGGGUAAACCUGGAGGUGGGGGUCAGUUUGGUGGUUUCAGUGGUUCAACUGGGUCUCGACCCGGGUCUAAGACUUCUCCAGUGACCAUUACGACCGUCAGUUCACAGGUGUAUAAGAAAGAAAUAGUUGACCGAGGGAUGACUUAGCUACUGUUAUCUUACACUCCUUCAUUGAAGGGGAAGCAACACGUUGAAAAUAUCAUGGAGGAAGUUGCUAGUUCCCUGCAGGGAGCCUUAAAGGUUGGAAGCAUAAACUGUGAGACAGAACCCUCUCUCUGUAAGGACCUUGGCAUAUAUCCCAGCAGAAUGCCCAGGGUAUUUGUGUACAAAGUGAGUGGAAAGGGUUCUUUGGUUGAGUAUGAUGGGGAUUGGGCUGCAAAACCUUUGAAGACAUUUUGCCAAGACAAUCUGCCAAGGCUUUCGAAACGGGUUGAUUUGAACCGUGUUGAGUCUUCCACUUUCACAACCAAUAAAUUACGUAGUGUGGUGCUUCUUUCCACCAAGAAAGAUACACCUGUUAUCUGGCGUGUCCUUAGCGGAUUGCAUCACAAUCACUUCAUUUUCUAUGAUGCAGAGGUCCAUGAUGCUUCUGAUCCAACAUUGAAGAAGCUGGGAGUUGGUGCACUUCCAGCUAUAGUUGGUUGGCUUCCGAACGGGGAGAAGCAUGUCUUAAAAGCAGGCAUUACCACCAAAGAUAUGAAGUUGGCGAUUACAGAGCUUAGUGCUUUACUUGAAGGCUUCGAGAAAAAGAGCAAGAAAGCAGCUUCAAGUCAGGCCAAGAAAGAACCGACUGAUGUGGGGGAGAAUCAGAUACCUCUAUUGACAGAGUCUAAUUUUGACGCUCUUUGUGGUGAGAAAACUCCAGUGUGCAUCAUUGGUGCAUUCAGAUCUUCCAAGGAAAGAAAUAAGUUGGAAUCAAUUUUGACCGCGGUCUCUAGGAAAUCGCUAUCAAGGCGACAGAAUUCAGCUCAUGGCAAGGAUUCUGUUUCCUACACUCUCUUGGAUGCCACCAAGCAGGCGACCUUCUUAAAUGCGUUUGAGAAAGCAGGAUUCAAAUCAUCAGAUAAGCUCUUGGUUGCCUACAAACCUCGGAGGGGGUCAUUUGCAUCAUUUAAUGGUGAAAUGACUACAGAAGAAGUGGAGAGGUUCAUUAGCUCUGUUCUUAACGGGGACAUACGUUUUUCCAAAACACUGCAGAAACCCGUGCUCAGGUGAGAGGAAAGUCCGGAUCACGUAGUUCCUGGCUUUCAUGGACAUAGCUUCACUCCUUUGACUAUAGAAAAGAUAAACAGUUUUGCGGCUACAGUUAAGAACGAGAAUGUGAGUUUGGGUCACCAUACAUACUUGGAGGAGCAUCCAUUGUUUUGUAGUCUACAAGAAGUGUUCCUCCUUGAACCCUAGGAAAGUGGUUUUGUCUUUGUAAUGCCAUGGUAAACGUUUCAUACCUUUUCGUUGUAUGAAUCGUGUAAUGUAUUUUUCUUUACUUGGUGUAAAAAUUAAAGGCCAAAUUUUUCUAUGGAAAUAAGAUGGAAGAGAUUUGAAAAUUUA